AUGUUCAAAAAUUUCAGAGAAAAACAUGGAGGGUUCUUUGAAUCUAAACAAUCCAAUGCUUCAGAAAGCGAUCGUGGUCAAGAUCUAUCAUCAAUCUUGGACCGGUCGCAGCGAGGUGAUUUGACUGUCCUUGUCGCUGAGGUAGCUGAGUCAAUGCGGGUUCGUAUUUUGGAGCUUUAUGAGCAUACAAACCCAAAAGAUGACUCCCCCAAUCGUCGCUCCAGUCUACAUCCAUCUCCAGAGGCGGACCACGAUGAAGAUACGCCACCCUUGCCCCUAAGACCACAAGGCAACGGGGCUGCAGGAAUCCGCGGAAAUCCGCGGCGGGGCUCUCCAAGGAAGCAGCUGAGCCCUCAAACAAAAAUCACUGUGCUGUCCGCUUUCGAAGAUUGGAGGGAUUCUGUCCUUUUGCGGGUUGGUGCAGUCGUCAAUAAAGAUGACGACGACCAGGGGGGAAAGGAAGGCCAGGAAGAGCUGCAGGACGCUGCCAAGUCUGAUGAUCUCCCACUGGACGAGGAUAAAGAUAGAAUCGCCAAAUUACAAGAAAUAUACCACCCCGUGGAAACACCCUUGGCUGAACUUCCUAGAGCAACAAGGCUGCUUAUCCUCCACUCGCUUCUCCUUUUAAUGCUCAGCCUAGAGCACUACAGUGCUUACUCAAGAGUUUUGAUGUUGAAUGUUACGUCCAGUCUGAACAUAGAUAUCAACGUGCUCAAUCAAGACGAAGUCAGUGUCGCCCGCGGAUUGCUACAGACAGCUUUGGCGCUCUCGGCAGACCAAGAUACUAAAGAGCAACCAAAGAGAAAUGAUGACAUGCGAAAAUGGAAAGUUGGCCUCGCAUCUGUGGCUGGAGCCGCUUUGAUUGGCCUUACUGGCGGACUCGCAGCUCCUUUGGUAGCGGCGGGUCUAGGGACUGUCAUGGGCGGAUUAGGCCUUGGCGCUACCGCUGCUGCUGGGCUCCUGGGUACUUUGGCUGGGAGUAGCGUUGUUGUCGGUGGUCUGUUUGGCGCUUAUGGCGGGCGUAUGACUGGUCGCAUGAUGGAGAAGUACGCUCGUGAAGUGGAUGACUUUGCAUUCAUCCCGAUCCGAGGAGAACGCCGCCGGAACGUGAAAGUGAAGGAGUCUGCUCAAGAGAACGAGUCUGUUAAAGAGAAGGAGUCUGCUAAACAAGAUCGUCGUUUAAGAGUUACAAUUGGUGUCACUGGUUGGGUCAAGGAGGAGUCAAAUUUCGUGAUCCCAUGGCGGGUGAUUGGUGCCGACACUGAAGUGUUCGGUCUUCGCUGGGAGAUGGAGCCUUUGAUGAACUUGGGCAAUGCAAUCUCGGCUCUUGUGACUAGUGCAGCAUGGUCGGUUGCCGGUCGUGAAGUCUUGGCUCGUACUUUCUUCCACACGAUCAUGAGCGCGGUGAUGCUUCCCCUUGGUCUCAUGAAAGUUGCUGGCGUCGUUGACAACCCGUUCAGCGUGGCCAAAGCUCGCGCUGACAAAGCAGGCGAGGUUCUCGCCGAUGCCUUGAUCAACAAAGCCCAGGGAGAACGACCCGUGACCUUAAUUGGGUAUUCUCUGGGAUCUCGGCUGAUUUUCUCCUGCCUCCAAAGUCUGGAAAGAAGAAAAGCUUACGGCCUGAUCGAGACGGUCAUUAUGAUGGGUUCACCUACCCCUUCAGACACGGAGGGCUGGCAAAAGAUUCGCAGUGUCGUGAGCGGACGUGUUGUGAACGUGUUCUCUGAGAAUGACUCCGUUCUCGCGUUCCUUUACCGAACGAGCAGCCUUCAACUCGGUGUUGCCGGAUUGCAGCCAGUUGAAGGUGUUCCAGGCGUUGAGAAUCUGAACGUAAGCGAAAUGAUCAGCGGUCACUUGCGGUACCAGUUUCUGCUCGGCAGAAUCCUUGCCCUUACCGGGCUUCAGGACCUUGAUCCCAGUGAGAUCGAACGCGAGGAGGCUGCUCUCGCCUCCGAGGACGAGCGACUGGAGAAGGAGCGGCUGGAGAAUGAGCGCGAGGCUGGUGUUAAAGACCGGGAAUCAUCUGCUGCUCGUGAUACCCUCAACAGCCACGAGGGCUUUAAGGAAGAUGCGCGGUUGCAGAAGAAGGUCGAGAUGCGGACUCAGGAGAACAUGACGGCCCACCGGAUUGAAAUGCUUGAUAUGGACGACGAUGAUAGUUCCGCGCCUUUGUUUGCAGAUCCCUCGAAGCAUUCUACCCUCUAA